UUUCAUUCCCGAUUCAAAUCCAACGCCUUCCUUCUUCUAUCUCUGUCCGUGUUUGAGAGAGAGAGUGACAGACAGAGGUCAAAUAUUUCUCUCUUAUCUUUCCCUCCUUAAAACAUAAAAUUCUCCUCUCUCCUUGGUCUCUCUCUCUCUCUCUCUCUGUCCUCUGUUUCUUCUCUCGAUCUCCAUUUUGCUUCUUUCUUUUACUCUCUCUACGAGUUUCAACUUUCUUUUCUUUUCUAUAAGAGGACGAAGCUCGUCUUCUUGAUUAAGCGGGGGUCAUUUAGUGACGAUGGACGGCGGAGCAUCUUAUAAUCCUCGCACGGUGGAGGAAGUCUUUAGGGAUUUUAAAGGUCGAAGAGCUGGCAUGAUUAAAGCUCUUACUACUGAUGUUGAAGAGUUUUACCAGCAGUGUGAUCCUGAGAAGGAAAAUCUCUGCCUUUAUGGAUUUCCUAGCGAGCAGUGGGAGGUCAAUUUACCUGCUGAAGAGGUGCCUCCUGAGCUUCCAGAGCCUGCAUUAGGUAUCAACUUUGCCAGAGAUGGGAUGCAAGAAAAGGACUGGUUGUCUCUGGUUGCUGUUCACAGUGAUGCAUGGUUGCUUUCUGUGUCCUUCUAUUUUGGGUCUAGGUUUGGAUUUGACAAAGCAGAUAGAAAACGCCUUUUCAACAUGAUAAAUGAUCUUCCAACAGUAUUUGAGGUUGUGACUGGAACGGCCAAGAAACAAGUAAAAGAAAAGUCAUCAGUUUCAAAUCACAGCAGCAAUAAAACUAAAUCAAACUCUAAGCGAGGCUCCGAAUCCCAAGGCAAGUUUUCAAAGGUAAUGCAAGCAAAAGAUGAAGACGGCGAGGGCUUGGAUGAAGAAGAUGAAGAAGAGCAUGGAGAGACACUAUGUGGUGCUUGUGGAGAAAAUUAUGCCUCUGAUGAGUUCUGGAUUUGCUGUGACAUCUGUGAAAAGUGGUUCCAUGGAAAAUGUGUGAAGAUCACCCCAGCAAGGGCUGAGCAUAUUAAGCAGUACAAAUGCCCAUCUUGCAGCAACAAAAGAGCACGGCCUUGAUGAAGACUGGAGCUUGCUCUCUGUGUAUUAUGUAUGGCAUGUGGGACUACUAACUGUCUAGUAGGUCAGGUUUGUUCUUAGGCAUGUGUCCUUUAUUUAUCUAGGAAAACUAUUUGGGUGUUAUGAGUAGUUUGCAAAAUCUGCUGUUUAUUUUAACCAUAAAUUAGGAUAUUUGUUACACUUUCAGCUUGGCAACCAUUUUCCCCAUGACUGGGAUAUGAGUGUUUGUUGACGUUAUGUUCAUAUGCAAUCUGUCCAGUUCUAUGAAGACCGUUUAUUC